AAAGCUUUAAUUUUCCUCCACGGUAUGUAGAGAAACGUGUGCAUUCAUGCUGGUGCUGUUUAUGCAGGGGAGAUCAAGCCAUGGCUGGUUUGCUCUUAACACAAACACUUGGCCACAGAGCCUCCUUUGCCAGUCUGUGCCCACCCCAUGCACUUCAGUGCACUGCCCUAAAUAAGAGGUUUUAUUUCUCCCCUCAGCCUGAAGUCCACAGGGAUACCUUGUAGGUUUCUCUUUUUAGAGUUAUUUUCCUUUUUUUCUACUUGUUUUUGUGUGGAAAAUCCCAGUAAAGGUAAUGGUAAAUGUCCUGCCAUUCACAUGACCAUGGAGAAUAAUUAUGCUGAGGCCUAACUUACACAGUAGCCUUGCACAAUGUCUGAUGUAUGAGAGAACAGUUUGUGUUUAGGCUGAUAACCUGACUUUGUUUUAAUAUCUUCUCUUUUUAGCAUAUAAGGUGUGUGGUUCAUAAGUGCUUUCUGUUUUUUUACUGGUAUGAUCUAAUUUCUACAAGCUAAUUUUGGACUGCUCUACACUAUGUUACAAGUAACAAAAGCCUGUUAGUUUGGAGCUCUGCUGGGAAGCAGGAAAGGAACAGCUCUUCUAUUGCUAAAUGAAAAUGCAGAAACGCAAGCAGGGAAAAUGUAUGAUAAUUUGUCAGACCUUGAGGACUUCACUUGGCUCCUGAGAAUUUGUAGAUAAUGGCUCAGUGGGGAAGAAAUACUGUUCUUAAUGCUGAAAUACUCUGGUUUCUGUGUUUAGUACUAAGGUAAGGUGGUGGCAUGUACAGAUUGUGUGCCCAGGUGAUUGCCUUGUCACCUCCUGUGACAAACAGAGCACUUUUUCUGUAGCAAGUCAUUUGGAUCAGUAGGGAUGGGGAGAAUAGGGACUCCAAGAAACAAAGCGAUCGCUGCAGAAAAAUCUGAAUCUGAAAUUUAAGACAAAACUACUUGUGUCAUACUUUCAGAGCAUAAAGAACUGACAUUGGAGGUGUUUAUGUAUUCAUUACAUGAUGGGAAACCAUAAAGUAUUCAUCAUCAUAUCAGCUCCAGAACACUAAUGAAAUUUCUUCUGUGACAAUCAGCUGGAGUGUUCCCCUUUUUAUACACCUUUCCCCAUUCUUUGUUGCUGCAAAUAUGAUUUGAAACAAACCUGGGUUUUCCAUGUUGUGAACUGCCGUGAGCCCCCGACGCAGGCAGGGACAGAGUGGCAGAGGCUGGUGGGAGGAGGUGGUGCCUGAGCAGUUGGGAUUUGAGGAGGAUGCCAUUGCCUGCCAAAGGCAACUCUCCUGGAGCACUUGACAGCAGUUCUGAGACCACCCAUGGCUCCCAGGCUAGCUCUUGAAAUUUCUGAGUUGUUUUGUGCUUUGAAGAGUUUUAAGGAUUCCUGCUGAUGCUUUUCCUGAGGGAAGCCAUGCCCUACCACAGAGUCCUUCACCUGGUCCUGCUAAUGCUGUGCAGCAUCCUGGUCCCUGCUGUGCUGGCAGCAGAGUACCCGCAGGACCCGGUUCCCACCCUCUGGAACGAGCCACCCGAGCUGCCCUCCGGAGCCGGUCCCUUCGACGCUGCCACCAACCCCGCCCGGCUGUCGGACGCCACUGCCUUCCCCCCGUACACCUCGGAGCUGGAGCCCGAGGACACCACCCAGCUGCACCGGCUGGACGCCGGGGACGGCUCGCUGGGGCCUGGAGCUAUUGGUGCCAUUGUCAUCGCCUCCCUCCUGGGUACAUCUGUGCUUGUGGCCUUGGUCAUCAUCACACUGAGAAAGUUCUCGGCCUCCUGAACUCAAUAAAAGAUUUUUCUGUUAACACAACUGGUCUGUCUCUAGCCAUAAACUGCUCCUGAACUGUCUGCCUGGGGCCCUGGGGGGAAUAGUGCCAUGGAUAACAGGAAAAGCACUGCAGGCCCUGUGCUGGGCAGCCAGGCUGCAUCAAGUUCUCACUGCCCUUGGUUCGUGUGUGUGUUUAUCUCCUGGUGAUACAGACAUGGCAGGGCCUGUCAACCCCACGCAGGAGGAACCUGUGGCAGUGUGUGGCUUUGAGCUGGGAGCUCAGAAGGGCCUUUCUGGGUCUAGUCUAGGUGAUGGUAACAGUGUUGGGCAUCUCCCUGCACAACUUUCCUAGGGAAGGGUUGUUCAUGUGCAACCCCAUUUUCACCCACUGCAUUUGGGCCAGUUGCACAGGAGGGUACUGGGGAAGAGACAAGUGAUCAGUCCAGGGGAGGAAGGAGACACACAAGUGUUUUGGCGCUGGCUUGCUCAGCUACAUUUUAUCACAGAUAAACGAGACAACAAGAAGUUCCCCUCAGUUUGCUGAGGCAGCCUGGCAAGGGCUGUGGGGCUUCAGCCCAUACUUGUGGGCCCCAGGCCUGGCCCUGUACAACACUGGAGACCACUGAGAUGGAGGCGUGCAGGGCUGGGUCUGAGGAAAUAACACUGGAUGCCAUUCAGCACUUGAAAAUGGCACAGCCUGUGCCUGGGGUCUGGAGUCCUAUGGAAUUGCAAUGGAGCAGGAGGGGCUGGAACAAUCCCAGGGCUUGGUGGGGAGUGAUGGAACAGAGCACAGCAGCACUGAGCCGUUCUCCCUGGAGCAGUGCAGUGAGGAACUGGCAUCCUAGCACUGGGGAACUGGUGAAACAUCUGAUGGGAGCAUUUCUGUGCUGCGAGAAACAUGCCAGGCAGGCACAUGGGGCUGCAGGCCCUGUGCUGGACUGGGCUGGCUGCUGGGCUGCAAAGCUGGAUGAUGCGAGAUGUAGCGGCUUCUCAGGUAAUUUUAAGAAAUUCCUAGAGCUGGAGCUCCUCUGGGGUUUGCACUAGUGAAUUUGCGGCUGUUGCAAAGUUUGGAUCCUGAGCUGGAAGUUUGGUUGUCUCAGAAAGCACACUGUGGAGUGCUGCCGGAGGGACCUGGCUUGGGGAGUCCUCAUUAAAUCUGCCCAAUGCACCAGAUUGGAGGCUGCAAGUCCUUCCUGGCCCAGCUCUGGGGCUGGGCAGUGACUGGGAAUUACUGGCUAGUAUAAACUUCCCACAGGUGCCCAAGGCAGCACAGUCCUGCUGGCUGUUGUCACAUGCUUAAUAUGGUGGCACUAAUCUGUGCCUGAGUGAAGAAUGCCUUCUGUCCCCUUUCAGUGCUGUGGCUCCCACCACUUUGGUCCUGGGUGCUGGCUCUGGGCUGGCUGUCCCAGGGCUGUGGUUUCAGUAGGGACAGCCCUGGAAUUCAUCUCAGCUGUUUUGGGCCUCACACUGCACACUCCAUGUGUCCAAAGAGCAGUUCUGCAGCCUUCCUUCCAAGCAUCCUGCUUUCUCCCCACAUUCCUGCUGGCAUAGCUGUGCUCCUCCGUCCAUGCCCAUGGCUACUGCGUGGCUCCAUCGGCAGCUGCUCUCUGUCCCCUUUCUGAGCACAACUGUGGCACGGCCAGAGCAUACAUCAGCACAGGCUACAAUGCCUGGAAGACAAUCCUUUGCUGUGUUACAGGAAGGUGCUAAAUAAUUGAUUUUCCUCAUGGAUGCUGGGCCCAGCUUGAGGGCUGAGAGGCCCUCAGCCACGUGUGGGACUGUUGAACAAGGGGUGGCUGCCGUGGGUCUGUUCCCCAGGCUGCUCUCAGUGCUGUGCCUGGGGCUUCAUGCGUUGAUGAGCUGGCUCUGUUGGCCACAGGACUUGCAUAUUUACACGGAGGUGAGCCUGUACAGGGAGGCUGAUGGGGGUGGGUUAAAAGCAUGCAGGCAGUGGUUGUUGGGCCUCCCAGAGCACGCAGGACAGCAGCUCCCAGGUAAGGUCACUCACCUGCUGUGUGGCACCUGGGGCUGCUGGUGCUCCCGUAGCUCAUGUGGUGUGUGAGAUGGCCCUGGCACAGCCACCCCUGCUUUGGCCUUGGCAGCAGGGAGUAGCAAAGACCACAAGAGCACGAUCAACCAGGAAAGACCAUGAUGCAGGGGUUCUGCAGUGGCCCUACAGAAGAAGGUGGGCUGUGGAAGAGGGGGCUGAGCCAUGGUCCUGGGCCCAGAUGUGCUUCGAGGUUGUCAGG